CAGUUGACCCUUUCUGCUGCGACUAAACCAGACCCAAAUGACCGCCGGCUCCCGACGGAGGCGGCCCGCCUCCUCAAUGGCGCCUAUCGCCCUGUCCGUACCCACCCCCAACGCCUCCCCGGCGCCGCGGCGCCUCCGCCGUCCGGCCAUCGCGGCCGCCGGCGCCGCGCUCGCGGCGCUCCUCCUCCUCGCCGCGGCCGCCGCCGUCUGGCGCCCGGACUACCUCCGCGCCGCGCUCCUCCGCCGCCCUGCGCCCGCCGUCGCUAGGUUCUACUCCUUCGACCUGGUCCGCGAGUACCCCCACGACCCCGAGGCCUUCACCCAGGGUCUCCUGUACGCGGGAAACGACACUCUCUUCGAGUCCACUGGCCUUUAUCACCAGUCGUCGGUCCGAAAGGUUGAUCUUCAAACUGGCAAAGUUUUAGAUCAGCACCAAAUGGAUGGACAUAUGUUUGGAGAAGGCUUAACACUUCUCGACGACAGAUUGUUUCAAAUUACUUGGUUGAAGAAUGAUGGAUUCAUAUACGACCGACAUAACUUCAGCAAACGUGAAAGUUUUACCCAUAAAAUGCGUGACGGGUGGGGGUUGGCUACGGAUGGAAAAAUCCUAUUUGGCAGUGAUGGUACUUCAAGGUUGUACCACCUGGAUCCAAUAUCGCUUGAAGUAACAAAGACAGUAACUGUGAAAUAUCAAGACAAUGACGUUUCCUAUAUUAAUGAACUGGAAUAUAUAAAUGGUGAAGUAUGGGCAAAUGUCUGGCAGACAGAUUGCAUAGCUAGAGUUUCUCAUGAAGAUGGCCAAGUGGCGAGCUGGAUCUUUCUUCAUGAGCUGAGGCAGCAAUUAUGGAAAUCUGGCAACACGGAUAUUGAUGUUCUAAAUGGUAUAGCUUGGGAUGAAGAAAAUGACAGACUGUUCGUGACCGGGAAACUGUGGCCAAAGCUUUACGAGAUCAAGCUGCGCCAGGUGGAUGGGCCGCCGGAUGGGUCCGUGGAGAAACUGUGCCCAAGGGCAAGCUUUUAUCGCUGACAAGUGUCGACGCCUCGGCGAGGAUAUGUACAUGUAUUAUGUGCCUCCUGGUCGAUUCGAGGCAAUUGGUAGUAUGAAGAUAGGUUUUUUGUUGCUGUGACUUGGUGGUGAACUGGCAGGACCUAGCUGCUCAUCAGUUUCAUGCUGGAGGCGUGUACUGUAGUUGUAUGUAUAAUCAUGCAUGAUCUCCCAUGAGUAGUGUAAAAGAUUUGUGUCGUAAAGAUGGUUUCGCUGCGAA